AUGUCAGAACGAAAAGUUUUAAAUAAAUAUUAUCCACCUGAUUUUGAUCCAUCAAAGAUUCCAAGAUGUAAACUUCCUAAAAAUCGUCAAUAUACAGUACGACUAAUGGCUCCAUUCAACAUGAGAUGUGUGACGUGUGGUGAAUAUAUUUACAAGGGUAAAAAGUUCAAUGCUAGAAAGGAGGAUGUUGAGAACGAAACUUAUUUGGGUAUCAGGAUUUAUAGAUUCUACAUCAAAUGCACCCGAUGUCUGCAAGAAAUAUCCUUUAAGACUGACCCUGAAAACACAGAUUAUGAGAUUGAAGCUGGUGCUACACGAAACUUCAUGGCUCUUAAGCUAGCUGAAGAACAAGCACGUCGUGAAGAACAAGAAGCAAGGGAUGAAGAAGCAAACAAUCCAAUGAAGCUUCUUGAGAAUCGUACCGAACAGUCAAGAAACGAAAUUGAGCUUCUCGAAUCUUUAGAAGAACUUAAAGAUUUAAGGACUCGUCAUGAAAACAUUGAUUAUGACGCUCUUCUCAAUCAAUACGAUCCGACAGAGACUGAAGAGCAACGUGAACAGAGAUUAGCGAAACUUGAUGAAGAUUAUGUAAAAACAGUGAAAUUUAAAGGAACUCCAAACACACAGAAACGCGUAGUGACUGAGGAAAUAAUUGAAGAUGUUGGUGAACCUGAAGAAAUUCCUGUAAAGAAAUCGAAAAAUGAAAGUUUUGCUCCAAAAGUUGCCAAGGCUUCAAUGAAGAAACCUCUUGUACUGGUAAAGAAAAAGGAAUCUUCUAAAAUUGAAACUACAACGAGCCCUUCAGUGGAUAAAGAGACUAAGCCAUCAGGAUUGUCAUUAUUAUCAGCAUAUUCAGAUAGCGAGUCAAAUGACGAUUAA